GAAUCACAGUCUGACACCAGAAGACUAUCAUUUACUUAUUACACUAAUUUAAUAACUCAGGAUUAUUAAACAUGGAGGCUGUUUCCUCACAUACACACGGCAGAAAGAGGAAAGUGAUCGCGGUGGUGGGAGGCGGUUUGGUUGGAUCUUUGAAUGCCUGCUUCUUUGCAAAACGAGGAUUUGACGUGGCAGUCUUUGAAACUCGAGAAGAUAUUCGGCAGGCUAAAGUCGUGAGGGGUCGUAGCAUCAACUUGGCCCUCUCCCACAGAGGGCGCCAGGCCUUGAAACAUGUGGGAAUGGAGGAUAAGAUCGUCUCCAAAAGCAUUCCGAUGCAUUCCCGUAUGAUCCACAAUUUGAGCGGAAAACGUUCUCCCAUACCCUAUGGCCGGAAGGGACAGUACAUCCUUUCUGUGGACAGAGCCAACCUAAACAAGGAGCUUCUAACAGCGGCAGAAGCACAUCCAAACAUGACAUUGAACUUUAGUCACAAGCUGAAUGACUGGAGUCCAGAAAAAGGAACAAUGACCUUUCUUGGACCUGAUGGCCAUAAGAAGGAGAUCCAGGCAGAUCUGAUCGUAGGCUGUGAUGGAGCUUUCUCUGCCGUCAGGAAACAGUUCCUACGCCAGAGUCGUUUUAAUUACAGCCAGACUUACAUUCCCCACGGGUACAUGGAGCUCACCAUGCCUCCCAAAGAUGGAGAUUUUGCAAUGGAGCCCAACUAUUUGCACAUUUGGCCAAGGAACACUUUUAUGAUGAUCGCUCUGCCCAACUCGGACAGGACGUUCACAUGCACCCUCUUCAUGCCCUUUGAAGACUUUGAGAAGAUUCAGACUGGUGAUGAGGUCAUUCAUUUCUUCAAGAAAUACUUCCCUGACUCUAUCUCUCUAAUAGGAGUAGAGGCUCUUAAAAAGGAUUUCUUCAGACUGCCGGCUCAGGCCAUGGUCUCGGUGAAGUGUUCCCCGUAUCAUCUGUUUGAUAAGUGUGUCCUGAUGGGAGAUGCUGCUCAUGCUGUCGUUCCUUUCUAUGGUCAAGGCAUGAAUGCUGGUUUUGAGGAUUGUCUAGUUUUCGACGAGAUUAUGGACCACUUUAAUGAAGACUUUGCUGCUGUUCUCAAAGAAUACACUAGAGUUCGUGUACCUGACGAUCAUGCCAUUGCUGACCUGGCCAUGUACAACUACAUAGAGAUGAGGGCACAUGUAAAUUCCAAAUACUUCCUGUUCCGAAAAUACCUGGACAACAUCCUUCACUUCAUCAUGCCAAAAACAAUCAUUCCACUUUACACAAUGGUCACAUUUACCAGAACAAGAUACCAUGAAGCUGUCAAACGCUGGCACUGGCAAGAUAAGGUGAUCACUCAUGGUCUGUGGCUGUCUGGAGUGGUGUCUGCUGUGGGAGGGACGUAUCUCUUGGUCAGAUACUCUUCCAAAAUCCCGAACAUCUCCUCAGAGCAGUUGUGGAACCGUGCGCUUGCUUUAAAAUGGUUCUAAAACAAGGAGAAUAACAAUGCGUGGGAAACCCAGGGUUGUUGUGUAGUAGUCUUGUCAUGUCUAGUAGCCUUUAUCAAAGCAAAGAUGAACAAGAUGACCUUUCAUGUGUCUGCAUACAGGACUCAAGCCGCAGACCAAAAUUAAAGUCUAAAAUGAAAAUUCAGGGUUCAAUACAAGCUUCUUCUACAGUUUUGUGGCAUAAUCUUGAUCAAAACUAUAAUAAUUAAAAAUAAUUUAGACUCAGUUCUCAGAAAGUUCUUCAUACUUUUGUUAAAGCACUUAUAUUACUUAUUUGGUAAAUCCAAUUGUAUUAUUUGGGCUUUUAAGUGUACAAAGUUGUGCUUUUUCGAUUUGGAUGAAUGUCUGGUAAUGCUUUACCAACAUAAUAUCUGUGUGUGGAAUUUGCUCCAUGUAGACAGUCUCUUUCAGGUAUCAUUGCAUAUGUGGUCAUGACAUUUCAUCAUAAUUUCAAAAGUGCGUUUUUUCACACUAGUCUCAUUCCAACAUGUUCUGUAUAAUGGUUGAGUGUUAUGGCUAUACAAUCAAAACAUUGUGCAUUUUAAUAUGUAUUGCCUGGCUCUGGGGAAUUCCAUCAUAAUUGCCUUGCAGCAACAAUCAAUUUGGCCUUAAGUAAAUGGAGGUAAGAGUUGAAUAUGUCAGUAAUAAACAUUAUGCCACAAAUCUGUUAAUAAAGCUUCAUUUUUAAUAAACAGAAAAUCUGGGUCACCAUGAGCAUGAAUGACAGCAUAUGUGAGGGAAAAAUUUAAAGAGGAUGUAUAAUUCUUAGUGGGUGUCUAAUCAGGUUCGGAUUAACUUGAUAUAUAUAAAAUCACAUCUGUGUGGGUGUUUAUGAAUACUGUGGUUUUAUAAUCGAGUAGCCUGCAUCCAGAUAUCUUCUCUGUUUUUAAUGUUUAAUUUCAUGAAUAUGUCAAAAUAAUCUCUGUAGUUCAUGUAGGGUCUAUUGUUCUUGAAGUUCAAAGAGUUCAGUAUGACUGAAAACAUGUAUUUGUUAAAGUGGUAGUUCACCCAAAAAUGACAACUCUCAUCAUUUGCUCUCCCAUGUCAUCCCAGAUGUGUAUGAAUUUCUCUUACUUUUGCUGUACACAAAUUAAGAUUUUUAAAAGAAUAUCUCAGCUCUGUAGGUCCACACAAUGCAAGUAAAUGGUAACAAGAACUUUGAAGCUCUAAAAAGCACAUAAAAGCAGCAUACAAUUAAUCCAUGUGAUUCCAAUGUUUUUAUCCAAGUGAUCCAAUCGGAUUUGGGUGAGAACAGACCAAAAUAUUACUCCUUUUUGACAUCAGCAAUCUCCUUGUCGGUCAUUUUUUCAAGUCCAUUACAUUUCCUAUAGCGCCAUCUAGCGCUCUGCACAUGCAUCAAGUAUUAGGAAGCGUAAUUGAGCUUGAAAUCACGAUCAUGCCUUGAGACAUCAACGGCAAGAUGUACGGUGAAAAAGUAGUUACAUUUGGGUCUGUUCUCACCAAAAUAGAUCAGAUUGCUUGUGAAGAUAAAGAUUUAAGCACUUGAGUCAUAGGGAUUACUUUUAUGCUGGCAUUAUGUGCUUUUUGGAGCUUCAAAGUUCUGAUCACCCUUCACUUGCAUUGAACCUAUUGGCAGAAAGCCUAUUGACUGAAAGUCAUACACAUCUGGGAUGGCAUGAGGGUGAGUAAAUGAUGAGAGAAUUUGGUGAACUAUUCUUUUAAUAGUAGAUGUUGUUUGCUGUUUCAUGGACUUGUCAAUUCAUUUCUAACUUACAGUACAACUAAAACAUUAGGCCAUAAACACUUUCUUUUUCGUUUUGUGAAAUGUUAAAUCCUCAAGAUGGUCUUGCUUUUUUCAAGUUCAAACAGAUGUCCUAGUAGAUAGCCACAAUCAUAGUUCAUGAACAUGUUCCACUAACGAUUGACAACCAGCAAGUGUCCAAAUAAUUUUUUAAUCUUAAUAUCGAACAGUAUAUCUAUUGUUUUAUCAUUAAAAAAAAUAGCAAACUUUGUCUUUGAAAUAAACGCAAUUUAAUAUAUUGUUAUCUAAAUAUAAUUUUGUGAACACAGCUGUUUUUUAAAGACACUUCUUAUGUUUUUAUACUGUUAUUGGUAUUAAGUUUGUCUUUAAUAAUUACUCAGUAUUUCAUUUUAUUUUAUAUAAAGUACUAUGUAAAUACGACACUUCUGACAUUCACAUGUGUACCAGCAGAAGUCCUGAGUUCAAUUGCAGUAUGCAAAACCAUAUGCAGAUUUGUAAAUGACAGCUAAUGCGGGUUAUUUUUUCAUUUAGAAAUACUAUUGAUGUCAUU